AUGUCUUCAACCAACAAGUCCCUCCUCAGCCACAACGCCAUUGUCACAGGGGAACCCCGUGAUAUCAGCGACGGUAUUGUCCUUGAGCUCGCCAAGCGCGACACAAACGUCCUGAUCACAUAUAACAGCGCCGGCACCCAGGAAUCCGAAGUUAUCAGUAACCUGAAGGCCGGCCACGUCGACAUAAUUAUUAACAACGCCGGCGCCGGUCAUGACUGCCUGCUCCAAGAUGAUCCACGAAAUAUGGGACUAGAAGAAACAAUAGAACGUCAUCAUGCUGCUGCACCUAGUUGUUGUGGUAGGAUGUAA